AUGUUCACUCGCCGGAACCCAAAAGACGAGCGCCUCCACUACAUCGUCAUACAUUCACCCACCAACCAACCCCCCAACGCGUACAAGUCUGCCUGGAAACGUUUGACCAAGGGUCUACUUUCUUCGACGGCAAAGAUCAAGCACCAGCAGAGCACGGCCAUGCAACAUUAUGGGUUUCCCAAGACUCUCAAGCAGAGCUGGUGA